CUGCAGGACGGAUCUAAAACUUCUGUUAUUUCGAAAGGGAGGUAGCUAGUAUCCUAUUUUUUUGAGGGAAUAAAAGGAGAUAGCAUAUUUGUUGUAUAAUCUUAGUUGGUCCAUGUUUAAGUUUUCUUUUAGGAUCUAAAUUUUCAGCCCACGGAUGCAUAGCCAGCCCUAGGCUCUCGGGCCAGCCCAACGAGUUGCAGCAUUUGCACUUGCACAGCAAGCCCUACCAGAGAAUUGUCACUUGUUGCUUUGCUGGUUUCUGUUUUCCUUCACUUGUUGCUUUGUAGGAGCCCAGAUGGGGAAUGGGGCAAGUUUUAUGGACUUGGUCAGUCGUCACCUAGGGUAAAGUAAUCGGCAAUUCGGCAUGGCGAUGAAUAUGCUACAGGGUCCAGCGCUGGAUCAUUCUCUCCACUACAGCCUACAGGGGAGGAGAAAGAGGAUAACACCGUCCGGCAGCCGAGUGGCAGUAGCCGGCGCUGCAGCCAUGAAGCCGCAGCAUGGGUCGAUACCGCAAGUGCUCUAUAUUCGGUGGGCACGAGUCACCCAUUGAUCGACGGAGCAAAUUGGGACUAUUAGCCUGCUUCCGUAUGCUACAGGAAAAAAGAUGAAAUUACUUAAUUCAUGCAACUUCCAACCAACCGUACGCGCUGAAUUUGGCUAGUAUAAAAAGGCAUCUCCCGCCCAUCCUGCGUCAGGCGCUGAUAGACACACACACACACAAUGACACAAAGCAGAAAUCUAGUGGAGUGUUAGUGUUGUACAAAGCAAAGCAAUGCCUGGUCAAGCGCUUCUGUGCAUGCUACUCACAGUGCUUCUGCUGGUCGCCAAUGGAGCAGGCACGGGCAAAGGUAAGAUCUCGGCCGUCUUCAUGUUCGGCGACUCCAUGGUCGAUCCAGGCAACAACAACCACCGCAUCACCGAGGCCAAGGCCAACUUCCCGCCGUAUGGCCAGGACUUCCCCGGCGGGAAGGCCACCGGGAGGUUCUCCAACGGCAAGGUCCCUGGAGACAUGCUAGCUUCUAGGUUUGGAGUUAAGGAGCUGUUGCCUCCGUAUGUUGGAAAUGAUCUUGAACUAACUGACCUACUCACUGGUGUCGCAUUUGCCUCUGGAGGCAGUGGAUAUGACCCCUUCACUUCGGUGCCUGCGACUGCUACAACCAGUACCGGGCAACUUGAAUCGUUUCUUAAUUAUAAGGAGAAACUCAAGGAGUUGGUCGGAGAGGAGGAGAUGACACGUGUCGUCUCAGAAGGGGUUUACUUUACUGUCAUGGGGGGCAAUGACCUUGUAAAUAAUUAUUUUACAUUUCCUUUGAGGCGGCAUCAAUAUGACCUUCCUUCCUACGUUGAAUUUCUCGUCUCAUUGGCGGUUAAUUUUACUGUGAAAUUAAAUGAGAUGGGUGCAAAGAAGAUUGGAUUCAUUGGCAUUCCACCAAUUGGAUGUGUUCCUUCACAAAGAAAACAUGGAUCAAGAGAAUGUGAUCCAUUGCGGAAUCAAGCCGCAGAACUAUUCAAUUCUAAAAUAGCAAAGGAAAUUGAUCGACUUAAUGCAGAAAGGCAUAUUCAAGACUCAAGGUUUGCUUAUGGAGAUAUAUACUACAAUGUGCUUGAUCUCAUUAAACGACAUGGCCAUUAUGGUUUCAAGGAGGUAACUGAAGGAUGUUGUGGCAGCACAGUGCUAAAUGCAGCAAUAUUCAUCCAAUACCAACCCGCAUGUCCAAAUGUCUACGAUUAUAUUUUCUGGGACAGCUUUCAUCCUACGGAAAAGGCCUACAACAUUGUGGUUGAUAAGAUCUUCCAGCAAAGUCUGCAGUACCUAAUUUGAAGAAACUUCCAUUCUUUCCACUGAAGCCUGAACAAACAUUGUUGCAAACUGCAAUUGAUCUGAGAAUUGGUGCUCGUUGCCGCUUUUAGAACUGUUUUACUACCAUGCAUGGAAUUUCUAUAGCGGGUGAAAGUUUUCUUUUCUCAGAAUGGGUUAUAUGCUAGCAGUGAGCAAAACAUAUCUGAAACUUUUCCUUAAUGGGUAAAACUUGUUUCUUGGUAUAUAAAUUUGGGAUGUGCUGAACUGUUGAUGUGAAUCCUUACAUUUUGGUAUGAGCUUCAAAAGAAAGGGAUUAUAGAG